CAGGAACUACGCUUCUCCUCGUCCCUCGUCCCAUUGGGUUGUGCCCUAAAAGAGCGAGGCGCUGGGCAUGGUGGCGUUGUCUUGACAGCAGCCAGCGCGAAAUGUCGAUCGAGGAGAAUCCGCGGCAGUGCUUUCCGGGAACAUCCGCGAAUCAGUCCGGCCGAAACGAGGCCUGAAGCCUCGACAAUAUUUCGCGAUCGUUCGCCGCGUAUCUUCGGACCGGAAAACUUUUGCGAAACAUGAAAAAUACCGGGCGGUGCGUCGAGGCGCCCUGCACUCGCCACUUUGACGCUAUUGUCGAGACGAUUAGCUUUAGCUGCAGCUUCGAUGUGGCCGCCGAUGGUUAUUUUUGGCCCCUGAAGGGCGCCGCCUCAGAGCACGCUGGGAACCCCGAUGCACUUUUGCUUAUUCCUCGCAUUCCUAUCGCUCUUCUAUAUUCUAUCGAUGAUCAAUUUGUCAGGGGCGAAUAAUUCGUGAAUUAUGAGAAUCAACCCGAGUAAGAUGAGCACUCCGAUCGAGGAGAAGAUAUACCAGAACCUUAAGGUUCGGACUGGUAUGGUGACUGUGAGCGAUGGAAAAAGCAAGCCGAUUCCUAUGCGGUUACAUCUCUCGAUGGAGGUUCUCAAGCUGCAGCGAGAGGACACUGAGCAGGCUAUGAAUCACAACAAGCCGCCAUUAGACGCGAAGGAAAGAAUGGUUCAGAUAACCAGACAGAAGAUAGGAGGACUGGGACUCAGCAUCAAAGGAGGUGCUGAGCACAAACUUCCGGUUCUCAUAUCCAGGAUUUAUAAGGGUCAAGCCGCUGAUCAGUGCGGUCAACUUUUCGUCGGCGAUGCCAUCAUCAAAGUGAAUGGGGAGUACAUUACGGCUUGCCAUCACGACGACGCUGUAAACAUAUUGAGGAACGCUGGGGACUUGGUGGUUCUUACGGUGAAGCAUUAUCGGGCGGCAAAGCCGUUUCUACAGAAGAAUGCAGAAAAGGAGGAAAAACUGGAUAAUGCCAGCAACGAGGUUGCAGAAGACGGUUGGAUUUCACCUAGCAGAAGAUCAGGCAGUCCCAGAUGUGGCCAUAGCAGACACAGCUCGAACGCCUCCUCUACUUCAAUUCAGGACAAAAAAUGGCUGGAUAUCAUAACCGUCCCUCUGAUGAUGGCGUACGUGACGAGAUACAUAUUUGGUACGGACAAACUGAGAAGAAACGCGUUCGAAGUGCGUGGUUUGAACGGUUCAAGAACCGGAGUAAUUCACUGUGACGACAGCGCGAUUUUGAGCCAGUGGCUGAAAUUCAUCACCGACAACGUGACGGGUGUGACGCAUCUGCAGAUGAAACUGUACAACCGCAACUUCAGCGUCGGCGAACGGAUCGAGUACAUGGGAUGGGUGAACGAGGCUGUGAGUAAUAGUAACCAACCCUGGCAGAGCUAUAGGCCAAGAUUUCUGGCGUUGAAAGGCCCAGAUUUAUUGCUGUUCGAAACGCCGCCGUGCAAUAUAGGCGACUGGUCUCGCUGCGCGUUGACGUUCAAAGUUUAUCAGACGAUGUUCAGGGUGAUGAAAGAGUCCGAAAACGUCGACGAGAGGCAGCAUUGUUUCCUCGCCCAGAGUCCUGGAAAAUCGCCGCGUUAUUUGAGCGUUGAAACGAGGCAGGAACUCUUGAGAGUCGAAGCGGCUUGGCACACGGCAGUUUGCUCGGCAGUAACGCAUCUCAAAAGUCAGACUUUCCCGGUGACAUUUAGCGGCCGGAGUUCAACCCUAACUUUGGAAUGGACUCAGGGUUUCACGCUUGCCUACGAAAACGGGAGUGAAAUAAUAUGGAAGUACAAAUUCUCCCAGCUUCGAGGCUCCAGUGACGACGGCAAAAGUCGUCUGAAGCUCCACUUUCAGGAGCCUGAAACUAUCGCGAUCGAGACUAAGGAAUUGGAAUGCACUCAGCUACAGAAUCUCCUCUUCUGCAUGCACGCGUUUUUGACAGCAAAAGUGGCAGCCGUAGAUCCGACAUUCCUAACAUCCACAACUCCGUAACGCGUCAGCAAACCGUUAAAAACGACUCCAGUAGCAGGAAGAUCGAAAAAAGAACGCUAAAAACAGAGUCUUGACAGAGAGAGAGCUAAGUUUAAAAAAAAAGAAAAAGAAAAAGAAAAAUUCACAUGAAAAAUGAUUAACAUGUGACAAAGAGCAUGAACUGACAAAACGUGAACAAUUACCAAAUAUUAGAUCGUAAAUAUGAUAACCACCGUAACGUGUAAUAAAUUGCUGGAUUUAAGAGAAAAAGAGAGACAGAGGAAGGAGAAAAAACAAACAAACAAACAAACAAAAAAAAAAUAAUAGAAUUAUUAUCUGUUAAAUUGUCGUAUAUUUUAUCAGGCUGAUUAUUCGCGCUAUUACUUGUAUAUUGUUACACCUACUCGACAAUUUUUGCUUUCGUGCCAAAAAGUUUACUCGCUCAAUCUUGUCUCGUAAAUUCGAAAAUGCCAUAUUAUGCAUCAAGAUUUUCGCUUCGAAAUUUGAAAGCCGAAAAGAAAAAGUUGAAAAUUCCGAGAAAAGAAUAAGCAACUAUCGAAUAUAAUUUUGGCCCGAGAGCGAAGAUUCUGACCGUCAAUACCGGACUUGAGGAAAUAAAUAAUGCAAAUCUGCUGACUAUUAGUAUUAGGAAAUAGAUAUUGAAUUUAAUUGAGAGUCGUUAAAGUUAUACUGUAUGAAUUAUUACCAUUAUUAUAGUAUAUAUGUAAAUGCAUAAAUAUACGCGACCUCGUCGAAAUAUCUUGUUGAAGAAGAAGAGAGAAAAAAAAAACACAGGGACAAAAUAAUUUUGUCGUUGACUGAGUGUGUGCAAUAUUACGACAUACUUUUAAAGUAAUUUAAUCUCGUCUUGGUAUAAUAUUAAUUAAUAUUGUUAUGAGCAUGGAAUUGCAGCUUCUUGUAUUGCAAACGUUAAUUUAACGACGGCGUUUUGACGUAACGAUACGCAGGAAACGCUGAAACACAAACAGGGCGUCCCAUUUUUAUUCCAACGAUAUUAUUUUAUCCAAGAAACCGAACCAAAUUAUUCGUCUAUCAUCACUUCAGAAGUUUUCAACGAACAUUUUUCACAACAAUUGAAAACGUUAAUUUCGAUCGCUGUUUUUCCGAUUUAAAGUUGGAAUUUUGACAUUCAAAACAUCAGAUUCAACCGGAAUUGACAAAAUUCGUUUAGUAUAUUCGGGGAAAUUAAUGAAAACUUCUGCUUGAGGAUUUCGGUACUGCGUAAAACACGCCGUGCAUUGAAUGUUCAUUUAACAGAGUAUUCAAAACGAUGGAAAGCCGGUAAAAUAUCUUAAAAUACAAAAAAAAAAUACCACAUGCGAAAAUUUUUUUUUUUGCAAUUCUUUCAGUUUCUCAAAUUAAAAUUGGUGAAUAUUCAUCGACAUUCCACGUAAAAACGGUAAAAACUUUCUGUACUUACUUUUUUUGCAAUUUUUCUGCAAUUUCGUAAUAACUUCGUUACUAUUUAUCGUUGCGUUUGGGUUGCCCUGCAUUUUAUAUCCAAGUCACGGGCUUUCACCGAGUCAAAGUUGCUUCUAGUGCAUAAAAUCUCGCUUUUUACAAGCUUGGAUUUCUGUCCAUUGUUACCGACAGUUCGUUACAAUGUUAUUAUUAUAUUGUCAUUAUUUACAUCACCAUGUAUCACGCUAGAAAUCAUUAUUUUAUAUCAUCACUCAGUACUAUUAUCAUUAUACAUUAAUAUAUUUUAUCCAAUUCUUUUAUCGUGAUACGAAUAUAUUACGUAUAUCGGUUUACAUGUACAAAAAUUGAAACAAAGAAGGAUAACAAAAAUACCUACGUUUUUUUUUAACACGUUUCAUUUCACGCUACGUUACAACUCAGUUUUUAUCACUCUAAUUUCCGCCUCUCUAAACCGACUCAUUAUUAAAUGUCAAGUUGUAAGUAUGGUUAGAGAAACGUACACCAGUCGCUGAUUUUUGUAAUUUUGUGAAUUAUCAAAGCGUGAAAAAUCAUUGCUGAUAAUUUUGUGUAUUUUAUACUGAACGUACAAUUUCGGUCACCGCAAGCAAUGAAAUUACAAAAUUGACGAAGCAAUCCGUCAUAUCAAUUGUACAUUGAAAGAAAAACUCGACGCACAUGACAUAAAAAUUUAUUUGAAGAAAAAUUACUUUCCUUUCCAUAGAUCGUGCUUUCUCUUUUUCCAACUCGAUCCUAACUGGAAAUAAUGAAGAUUUUCAGUUUCGACGAUUGAAAAUAAUUGAUCAGCAUAUUCUUCGAGAAAUAAUCAUUGCUGUUUAAAAAUUAUCAGAAUUUUGACGAUAAACGGCAAAAGGAAGAAAAUUCCCCGCGUUUUGAGAUUUCGAAAUUGUUUGCAAUCUUUGAAUUUUCAAUCUACGCCACCGAAAUCAUUGAGCUCUUCGACAGAAAACAAAAUUACUAUAAAAAUUUUGUCGAUUUUCGCGUUCUAAAAGGUGAGAGAAUAUCUCGACACAAUACAAGCGGUGAAGAAAUUACAAACAACAAUUAGAAAUCAUAGGUAUAUGAUAGGUAUAUAUAUUACGAUAAUACACAGUUCUAUCAAAUUCAUGUCAAUAUAUUACAACAAUAAUAAUUUGUCCUUUAACUAACUUGUAGUAAAGUGCCUGUAAUACGAUUUAAUUAUAGUAUACUAAUAUUAAUUAUAUAGUGUCUGUAUAAAAGUGAAAAUUAUCGACUUUCGAAACGAGAAAAACACGGAAUUACGUCAAGUUGAAAGAAAUUAAAAUAAGUGAAAAAAAAAAGCUUCUUCAUCAAUCGAUAAAUUUCAAUACAAGAUCAUCUAAUCCAUGAUGUAAUUACUACGGUCAAGAGAAUGAUACACGCUGUUUAAACGGUUGGGAAAAAUUAAACUGUUAUUUUCUUUCUAUUACCUCUUUCACAAUUUUUCACAAUCCUAUAUUAUAUUGACAAUUAUUAUCGAUGUUGAUGUCAAAUCUAAUUUUAACGCAAAUGGAAGGGAAACAUUGAAUAGCUAUAAGGAAAGAAAAAUGAAAGAAAUGGAAAUACUUGUCAUCAGUUUUCAAUUUUUACAUACUGAUUUUUUCAAAUCAAAUACUUGUGUCGUUAAUGCGACGGAUGGAUAAUGUUAUAAUAACAAUCAUUCUAUCGUCACCGCAGACUGCAUAAUCAACACUUGAAGGAAAUAAUAAUAAUAUUAAUUAUAAUGUCAAUAACAGUAACAGUGUUGAUAACAAUAAUAACAGCAACAAUAAUAGGAGUAACAAGAACGAUAUCACGUCUCUCAACAUUGUAUAGAAUAAUACAUGUAAUACGUAAUUAUGAGAAAAGCAUGUAGCUAGGAAAAUGGAAUGAAGAUAGACGCGUUAAAAACGUGGCGUGUCAUAAAAUUAUGCUUUUAAUAAUUACACAUAAGUAAUUAAACAUAGUUUAAGUCACAUAGUCAAAAGGAUGAAAGAAAUUUGGAGGGAUAAGAAACCAGAGAAAUUCAAUGCCUCAUUAAAGUGAUAAAAUAUGUAGUAUAAUACAUAGAGUAAUACAUAAAAAUUAUUUAUAAUUCUGAAUUCCAAGAUGAUAAUUCGUGCUUCGUGAACGUGAUUCGAUUAUCAAUUUUUCGUUCUUUCGAAGUAUCGUCUCCAAUGUUAUAUUCCGAGAUAUAAUACCGUGGAAAUCUGUCGAAAUAUAUUACGUCACAUUUCAUGUCAAUUCAAACCAUGCCUAAGACGCAAUUAUUGUUUGACGUAGAUAUUUUAUCGUACAUUAUAAUAUCGUCAAUGUUACAUAUUGCAAUAAUGUAAUGAUUUAAAGCGGUCAUCGUCACGAGUACGAUAUAAUUACAAAUAUCGUUAUUAUAUAAAAAAAAAAAAACACAUAGAGCUGUACAUAGUUUAUCAUCACCUGUAGUAUAUAACGGUAAUAAUAAUAAUUAUAACAACAAUAAUGACAAUCUCAUGCCGAUAAUCAAGUCCGUAUGGUAAAUCCAUGAAAAAGUUGUAUCAUCAUACGUUAUGCAUAAUCUAAUCGAGUUACAAUUCUUGAAAAUUUCUAUAUAUUGUUAUAUUUGUUGGCAUCUUCAUUGUUAUUCUUAUUGCUAUUAUCGUUAUGGGCGGCAUGCAUUGCAGCCGUAGGCAUGAAUAAAUAAUUGUAAUUAUGCAAUAAGCGCGCAGUGCACCGAUAGAAAUAAUGGUCAAAUAAAAUAUAUGAAUAUUGAGGUGAAUGUAGAGGAUAAAAUGAAUAAAUGAAUAGAUUAUAGGUCGAUGAAUAAUUGAAAUUGAGCAUCGCGCACGCCUGCGUUACAUGUGUACAAUAAUAUCACUAAUUUCCAGGCUACCGAGUACGAUUAAUUGAAUUCCAUGCCAAUCGAACCAAUCACUCAAUUCCGAAGAUACACCAAAUCAAAUUAGAGAAUAGAAAAUAAAAAUCGUAGUAGCUCAGAACUGUGACAGUGAUGCUAAAAAUGUUUCAACAAAACCCGUAAUAUUUGGAUUGAAUUUGGCAUGGAAUGCCCCAUAUGUACACGUGAGAAUGAUUGCAGAAUAUAAAUAGUAUAUAAAUACGCGAAUAAGUAUAGGUAAUUAUAUAUUACAAAUAUCAUGUUGUAUGUACACGGUGAAAAAGAGUUUUCGACCCACCGGAAAGAACUAUAACCGAUUAAAAAAUCUGACGUUAGAUGUGACAUUUUUUCUUCAACUUAUCACAGCUACAGAAACAUGUUAUUUCCGUCUGUUUUUUCCAUGAAAAUCAAUUUCUCCCGACAGCUCGGAGGGUCUUUUUUUCUGUGUAAAGCGACUAUAUAGGUAGUAUUGUCAAAAUUCUUACGUUUCAAAAUAUAGUUUAUCCGUAUAAUAUGUAUCCAUCUCCACCUCCCCCCAACUUCCUUUUCCUAACCCCAAAAACUCCUCGAACCUCCACUGACAAUAUGAUUCGAAAAUAUAUUAUAUCAUUGUUAGAAGUUAA